UCUCUGCACAAUGACGACCCAAACGUGGAUUCUACACACACACUGACCCUCCCCAUCACAGCCUCUGCCUCUCGCUCCUGAAAUGGCUCCUGCGUUUUGACUUUUCCUUCACAACUUUUACCUCCUGAAAAUGGACAGCAUGUUUCUUUUCGUAUUUUCUGUUGCGUUGUUUAUCCAUAAUGGGAUUUGCCAGCAUGACUUCCUCCUCCGGCCGAUUCCGAGUGACAGUUUACCUGUGGUGGUGCUAAAGGAGAACCCGGACCCCAUUUUCGACCCCAAAGAACGGGACUUUAACGAAACCGAAAUGCGCGGCACCCUGGGCGAUUUCGACGCGCGGUUUCUCUCCGUCUUCCCCCCGACUUCGGAAGGAUACAACGCCAACGACGACUUCCAAGAAAUCCAGAAGCCGAGCGGGAUUUUGCCCAAAGAGAUCCGCGCCGUGGAUUUCGACGCGCAUUUGGGUAAAAAGAUGAAGGCGAGUAAGAAGUUGAAAAGGCGCCUGCAGCAGUGGUUGUGGGCGUAUUCGUUUUGUCCGGUGGUCUACACGUGGACGGACCUCGGUUCAAGGUUUUGGCCCAGGUUCUUGCGGGCGGGGAGCUGCCUGAACAAGCGCUCCUGUUCGGUACCUGAGGGAAUGCAGUGCCGGCCGUCAAACUCAACGCAUCUCAAGGUUUUGAGUUGGAGGUGUGCUGUCCGGAAAGGAGGACUCAAAUGCUCCUGGAUCUUGGUACACUAUCCCAUUAUAACGGACUGCAAAUGCUCCUGCGCCAGCUAAAGACUACUCACUCGGACUUUCUCACGAUGAAAGAAAAACUGGCAAACUUCGGAGGUAUCUGCAAUCAACUGCUGUAUUCACUGCAAAAAAUCUAAAUUGUUGAGUUGCAUUGACUUAAAGUUUCUGAAAAUGUUGAAAUAAGGUAACUUUCUUGUUUUACGUCAGUCAGAAAUGUCGUGUCAUCUUAACUAGUCGAGACAAAACAUGAUUUAAAACUAAAACGCAGUUGAAAAUAGCUCUUUAGACUGUUUAUUCCAGUAAUCCAAAUCAAAACGGACUUCUCAGCCACUGGAAAACGACAGUACUGCUAAACUACUAUACUCGAAACAGUAAACGAAAUAAUGCGAGCGAUGGAAGACAUGUUUUUUUAUGGACGAUGGUUCUUCAUUGCAAAAGUUGAAAGCCUUAAAACUGACGUGCGAGGCUUCUGUGUAUUAUAAGAAUUGUAUUUGCGAACAAAGUAUUUAAUAUUAGACAUUUUAACUUAUCUGCUUUUUUGGUUUUUGACAAUGACGACGAGUGAAAUCUGCAAAAAUGUAGUUGUCAAAUGGGAAAACUGGCCAACUGAGACGUACUGGGGAUGUCUCAGAUAAACGUAAAGAUGCCUGUAUCUGCAAUUUAAAGGGACAUAAGGUAGAAAAUGUUUAAAUAUGCUAUAAGGGAACAGCUAUAGGCAAGUAUUGUUGUGUCUAUGCAGCUUUAGAUACACAAAUGUAGUUAAUUCUGUCAAAAAUGCCAAGGAACAGAGUUUUGUGGCUACAGUUUCGCAAAAAAAUACAAUUUCACGUAUGUUUUAAAUCCAGUUAUGAUUUAAGUAAGUUAGGUCACUUCUUUUUAACAACAAAACUGGAAAUUCCGCCAUAUAUUUUUGUCAAAUUUUUCACAAUUCAUCGACAAAUUUGAAAAUUCCAACGUGAAACAAACACAAACAAUUUCGGUGAUUUUUUUUGUCGGUUUUCUUUUACCGUAUCCACAUUUUGUCAUGAAUUUAAAGCGGUAUUUUGUUUAAUCUUCUUUGGCCGAUACCUUGAGACCUUCUGUUGAAUUUGUGAAUGACCUCCAGGCACAUGAUUUGUAAUGAUUUUCUGUGAUUUUCAUGUGAUUCUAGAGUUGUAACGUGUGAUCGAACCUGCAGCCAACGGGGAAACGGGCUGUGAACGUGCUGAAUGUAACUCCAGUGUAAAAAAAAAAAAAAAAAAAAGCCAGUAUUAGUGUACGCAGAGUCUAUCAUCAGAG